CUCUGGACGGGCCUUUUUCUUCGCUGGGAAUGGCGUCUGCCAAUCAGUCGGCAACGCCAACAGGAUCGCGCCUCUGACUGGCUGAUUGGUGCUUCCGUGCUGGCCAAUCACUGCCGCCUUCUCGAGGCCAGAGCUGCACAAUUGACCAGCCUCUUGGCGAGAACACAGACAGAUCAGAUUGAACCGAUUGUUGAUGAAAUACUAUGUUUGCCCUCAGGUAUUGUAGACAGAAGAAAUUUUUUCACUGAUAUUCCUGGGCGAUACAUAUCAAAACAGCUCUCACUUUCGAGCUAUGCAGCCUUGUGGUUACCUUUAGAAAAUUUGGCUGGAGCACUGAUGAGGCCUAGCCUAAGUGGAAAACGCAGUCCAACCUGGAUGCGAGCUCUCUUUUGUGAUACGUGA